AUGUUCAGGGCAUUCCCCAAUUCGGCAGUUAGAGUUGCCGGUGUUAGAGUUGCCGGCGUCUCGGCUCGGCGUAUCAGUACACAGCCAGGCUCGGGCUCAGGCUUAGGCUCGCGCACACGCAACACACAACAUCCCCACACUCACCACUCACGCUCACACUCACACCCACGCCCACGCAAACCCACUUACGACGGCACUGGGAAGUUGCAGGCGAAUGACUCGUACUUGCUCAGCCAGCGCGUCCGGGAGCUCAGCCAGCGUAGCAAAUUCGACGAGGCACUUAAAUUGGUCCUUAGUGAGAGCAGGGGCGAGGGGCUAGCGAAUGUUGUUGUGUGGAACCAGCUUCUACAGGAAUCCCGCGUGGCUCAAAACUCAAAUCCCACAGAGACAUACAAACUUUUUAUGGACAUGAAAAAAAGAGGUAUCACCCCUAAUUCCCGCAGCUAUACUAUUCUUUUUAGAGCUUUUAGCGGCGGCGAGAAAGAUCGUCCGUCAAAGAAGACUCUCGAGGCUGCAUUGACCGUCUUCCGCCAGUUAGGCAGCUACCACGCUUACCUGCGCGAGGAAAUGGAUGAAGAAAUUAUCCAAGAGGAAAGCAGUGUUCUUCCUAUCAACGCUUACCUCGCUCUUCUCGCUAAAGUGGCCCAUUCUUACGAAAUGAUGAAAAUUUUCGACGAUAUGGCUCAAUCUGGCCCUAGCUCACCCGACCUGUACACCUACACCACCAUCUUCCAGGGUCUACUACGCGCUGGCCAGGCAGAGGAUGUGGAGCGUGGCCAUGAGUUGUGGCGGGUGUAUAUCGCGCGUCUGAAACAGGCCAGUAUUGAUGCAGAUAACGGCGCAGAUAAUGCCACACAAUCGCUCCAACGCCUCACCCCAGACACAGCACUCAUCUCGAAUGUCCUCCGUCUGUUCACAAAAGGCACGCCGAAAGACUGCAAAGCGGGUUUAAUGAUAGCCCACACCUUCCUCUCCGUCCCGGCCCCAUCACCGUUUAUAGAGAGACAAAAAGGGUAUCUACCGCGAGUCGAACUGAACGACCGCGUCAUAGAUUCUCUAUUCCACCUCGGUCUGGCUGCUGGGCGGCCGUCACUGGUGAUACGUCAUGCAGAUCACCUCCUCAACCAGGAAAAGGUGCGCUCGUUUCUUCGCACGCGCAGCAUGUUCUUCGCCCUCCUCGCCUGUGCGCGGGAAGGAGAUGCGGGGAAGGCAAUUGAGUAUCUGCGGGUGAUGCGUUCGCUCAAGCAUGGACAGCCAGAUGCACAGUCAUUCGAGCAGGCCAUGGCUGCUGCUAUGAGGGCGCAAAAUGCGUCGUACAAGAAGGCCUGCGAGGUGUGGGAGAUGGUGCAGGCUACCAAGACACCCGUAGACAUACGCAUUAUGAGCUCACUCAUGAAGGCGUCGCUUAAUGAGAGGGAUGUGGAUGUGUGGGAUGCGCUGGAGAAGCUGAGCGGAUUCCCACUCUCAGCUUUCUUCAAUGCGAAAACACAUGCAGCACACCCCAAUGACUCUCGCGGCCAGCUCAAACAUCAGCAAUUCUGGGAACAUAGACUCGCUAAGAGCCUUUUGCAGGCUGUAGAUAGAGUGGGGCGGGGUGAACACGUGAAUAUCCCUGGUAAAACGCGUAGACAUGACGAGAUGCUGGAUGAAUACGCCGACAUGGCGAGAACGGUGUUAGGAGUGGAGCAGAGAGCACCCCGCAAGCAACACAAGCAAUAA